AGCUCUAUAUUUUUCUUGCUGUAGUUAUACGAAUCAACGAAGUAAAGUCAUCCAUCAGGCUCUGUUAACUAGCUGCCUAAUGGGAAACUGCUGCUUAAAGCGUGAUUCCGUGGCGGUUUGGGCAAACGACGACGACGACUGGGUGAACGUUUGUCAGCUCCACCAGACGCAGCAGCUGGAAAAUCAGAAGCUUCUCGGCGACGUUCAAUUUAGAUCUUUGGCAUCAUCAUCGUCGUGUAGACGAAGAGCGAAUAGUGGCGCUGGAGACAAUCAGAUGAAGAUAAAGAUGACAAAGCGUGAGCUGGAGGAUUUGGUGGGAUCAAGAGGCGGCGCUAUGAACGUGUCGUCGGUGGAGCAAUUUCUGGCUAUGGCAAUCAACGACGGUGAAGAUGAAGAGGCGGAGGAGCAUCAAGGGCCGUGGAGGCCUGCCCUCCAAAGUAUCCCAGAGGUUGAUUAGUUUAUUACUUGGGUCGAUUCUUUCGGUUGGUUCAUUUUGUUGAAUGAUUCUUUCUUUCUUCUAAAUUAGUUUAUGCUGCUCGAUCAAUACGUAUAUGCAUGUAGAGAUUUGUUUAUGUAGAGAAAUUCUUUCCCUCAUGAAUACUGUUAAUCCCUAGUUUUGUAACCCUUGCAUUCUUGCAAUCUAGAGAAGUCAAGUAUCAUUAUGAAUGAAAUG